UGCCUCAGCGGGAAGGUGAGAAGUUUUGUAUUCAGCACGGGUGUUUAGGGGAUUUUGAGUCUAUUUUUGCUUUUGUGAUGUAGAACAUUGGCCUAGUGAACUAGACCAAAUUCUUGCCUUGCAAAGUUUGGCUUGCCAGGCUAGCAGAACAUUUGCGUAAAGGUCAAAUAAUUCAUUAACAAACAAGGAUGUGAAACAAUGUUUUCUGUAUUUUUUAUGUUGGGAGAAACCUGCUCAAAGUAUUUUGUCUCAAAUUUCUAAGUUAUUCAAGGUUAUUUCCUUGAGUGACCUCGAUCAGAGGAGUUUAAUAUUUCACACAAGAUAACCAACAAAGAAGGAAGUGAUUUUGUUAUUUUUCUCAUAAAAGAAUAAAGCGACUAGUCACGCAUAACGUCCAGUUGCUCAAAAACAGCCCAUAUGAGCUGCAGCAGACUCACUUUAGAGGAAACAUCCACUUCUGUUAAACCAGCUUCUGUUGCCGAUGUGCGCCAAACUUCUCUGUUAAAAUUCAGAUUAUCUAGAUGAUGAUUCCCACCAUGGUGGAAGAGGAAGUAGAAUUCUCAGCAUCCUCUAAAAAUAAACUAAAUUCACAUCCAGACGGUAUAAAUGAGGAGGUACACAUGUAUGAAGAGAUGACAAGACGACAUGAACCAUCUCAACCAGUUCCUGACACAACAGCAUCAGCUGUUCCCUCACCUGGCACAGAAGGAGCAUGCAGAUGUAACUAUCAGCUGUUGGCUGUUUACCUCGGGGCUCUUUGUGUCUUUUUGCUGCUGGUACUGGUAGUAGAAUUAACAAUCAUGUGUUGUACAAUUGCCUACAACCCCUAUUUCUGGAGAAAAUAUUACAUUCCGAAUGAAGAUUUAAGGAAGAAUCACAACAACCUGACGGAGACAUUGGAGUCAGAAACCAGGAUUACAAACCUGACUGGAGAAAACCAGCAGCUGGAGACACAAAACAAAAACCUUUCAGAUCAAAUAACGAACAUGGAGACAACAUAUGGUCCCGGCGACGUUCAAGGACAGUUCAGCAUUAAGGUCUUAUGCCCUAAAAGAAAUGAUGAUGAAAUCAUGUGUCAAUUUAUUUCAUGUGGUUGGCUCUCAAACCCGUCCACAUGUUAUUCAUAUAACGCUGAGGAGCAGAGAACCUGGGAAGAAGCACGAGACGACUGCAGAAGAAAAGGUUCAGAUCUGGCUGUUAUUGGUGAUCAAAGGGAAAAGAAUGAUGUCACUCGUGUCAGCGUUACCGUGGCAGGAAUCGCUGGGUACUGGAUCGGUCUGAGAGCUGUAGAGGGGAAAUGGAAAUGGAUUGAUGGAACUGAACUGACCAACCAGACCUGGAUACAACCACCUGUAAAUGAUGAUCAAUGUGUCAUCUCUGGUAAAAACCAAGAGUGGAGAUCAGUGAGAUGUGAAGACAAGCAUGCCUGGAUCUGUGAAGAAAGGCCAUUUAUUGAGUGAGUGAGUGAGUGAGUGAGUGAGUGAGUGAGUAAGUCUCAACUUGUAACAAUCUAAUUGUCAAAGAAAAACUAUAUUUCCCAGCAGUUUGAAUGACGAAAUCUGUCACUCUAGCUUUGUCAACCCCUUUCUUCACAGGACCUUGUGAAUGAUAAUCAGUGUGUUGUUUCUUUUCAAAACCAAAGGAAAGAAAUUAGUGAGAUGUGAAAUCCAAAAUGCAUGGAUCUAUAAAAAUAGAGUUGUUUAUGUAUGUUUCUAUAAAAAAUUCUUGAUUGUGUUUUUUUUACCACUAAAAGAUCAACGGAGACGCCGUCAUGUUCUGUGUCCCUUUGUUCCCCAGUCCCUCCAGUUCCCACUCCAGGUUUUCCUCUUGUGUCCCAUUAUUAUCCCCAGCCCUCUGUAGACUUCCCUCAGGUGUCUUUCUAUCAUUCCCCAUUCCUAAUCUUUAUUUAGUCCUCCUUAUCUGUCUAGUUAUUAGUUGUUUAUUUUUGGCCCUCAGUCUUUAGGUUUAGUUUUGUGUUUUAUAGUUUUAGGUUUAUCUGCCCUCCUCUGGUUCUGUUCCCCAUUUAGAUAAUGGUAUUCACCUGCUUUCCCUCCAGCCCUCACUCCACACACCAGCUGCCUGUUUCCCUAAUUGCUCCUCUCUGUUUAUAAAAACAUUGUCUUGUCUCAGGUCUUGUCCACACGUAGCCGGGUUUUUUUAAAAAACGAAUAUCCGCCCCUCCAAAAACUUGCAUCCACACCACCUCGUUUAAAAAAAUAACUCUGUCCACACGUACCCGGAUAAAUACGUUGUUAAGGACAUGCCAGACCUGUAGGCGGCAGUACUUCCCCCGAAAGCGUCGUCUUUGGUCUUCCGCAAGUAGCAGUAAUUCCGCUUGCAAAAACAAACAAGCAAAAAGCGCUUGGACAAUUGAUAAAGCGAGCGCAGCUCUGAGGGCAUCCAUGCUGUCGGCUAGUGUAAACACAGGUCGCACACGUGAUGUCAGCAUUUUUUGUCACGGAAAGUGACGUUGCGGACCUUAAAACUCCGGUUUUGUCUGUCCACACGCAGACACCCAAAAUGGAGAAAAUGCAGAUCUUCACUUUGGCCGGAAUUUUUUAAAAGAUCAGUUUUCGUGUGAAAAAACUCCGUUUUCGUGUGGAUGACAGGCCAAAACGUUUAAAAAUAUCUACGUUUUGGCAGAUCCCCGGCUACGUGUGGACAGGGCCUCAGUGUCUUGUCGGUCCAUUGUUGUUGUCAGCGUGUUUUGUUCCCCCGUGUAAAAUCUGAGACUCCUGCUUGUUUUUGUGACUCCCGAACUUGUUCCUGUUUUCUGGAUUUCUGGCU